GGUAUGAAUAUAUUUUAAUCGGUUUGAAGAAUAGAUUUACCACUAGUACGAAAAUUGCAGGUCAAUGAUACGAAAAAUUAAAACCCGGUAGUAUGAGCAAUUCCGGUCCGAGGUAUGAAUAAAAAGUAAAAACACUGCAGUUAAAUUUAUUGUUUACCUUUUUCAAAGUUUGUUAACUAACUCCAACCUCCAAACUAUUAUGACAGAUAUCAGUGUACAUGUGACUUCGAAGAUCACAUCUUCCGAGAGAAGAAUCUCUCCUCAGUGGGAUUUACACUAUUUCAAAAGUAGACUUGAAUUAAUUACGGGGAUUCAACCUCAAUUUCAAACUAUUCAAUACUUUCCUGUGACACAUUCUAAUGAGUAUGUAGUAAUAUCAGAUGCACAACAAUAUGAUGAGAAUCGAGAUCAAUCACGUAGAUUAGUAGAAUUCUCAAUUGUACCAAAUUCCCGAUUACAUAUAGUUGAUACUAAUCCUGAUUCACAAUUAGAUGAUUUCGAUAUGAUGGAUGAUGAAGAUCAAGAACAAGCAGGAUUUCAAUUAAGUGAAGAAGAUUAUGCUAAACGAACGGAUUCUGUAUUAAACUGGAAACAAACUAAUAAAUUAGGAAGAUUUGAUCCUAGUUUUAAUGAUGUUAAGAAACAACAAUUUGAAGAAAAUGCUCAAAUAGCUGAAAAUUUUAAAGUAGGAGAUAGAUGUAGAACUAUAAAUAUAGAAGGUGAAAGACGCGGAGUUAUUCGUUACAUUGGGAAAAUAGAUAUACUAGAUAAAGGUGAGAAUAUUUGGGUAGGUAUUGAAUUCGAUGAACCAGUUGGUAAGAAUAACGGAACCAUUGAUGGAGUUCGAUUAUUUGAAUGUAGACAAAAUCACGGAAGCUUUGUCAAGCCCAAACAAGUCGAAGUAGGAGAUUUUCCAGAACUUGAUCCAUUUGAUAGCGACGAUGAUGAUGAGUUGUAGUCCAUACAAAGUAAUUUUGUAUGUAGUACAAUUAUAUACUUCUACAUAUAUCCGUAUAUACUGUAGCCAUACACUUCUACUUAUAGUCUAAACAAUAAACAGGGUAGCUAAUUACAUUUGUCUGUACACUAUACAAUAGACCUACGCCCAUAGUUAAGCUUUGUUAGGCGUAUUUGAUCUAAGCCUGUACACAACUCCAUCGCCGAGCUCACCGCAUAAUUGUCGAUCUUUAUAUUAUUAUAUAUGGCAAAGG